UUCAAAGCUUUCAGCAGAGCCGAACACUUGUCGCGACAUUAUAGGUCCCACACGAAGGAAAAGCCGUUUCGGUGCUCAGUCUGCGAACGAGUCUAUGCGAGACAGGAUACAUUGCUGCGGCAUGUUAGAACCAAUUGUUCUCGAAAGCAGGAUGAAGGCAGCAAUAAUGAUAGUGUAAUGACGGCGGAGGAUGUGACGCAAGACCUCACAACUGACUAUUUGUCCUUAUCGAUGGUGCAGUCAGGGGAUUCUCCUCGAGUCUCCACGGUCACUGUGUCUGGGGCGGGAAGUGAUGAUGUGGCUUUGGACCAUCUAGUAUCACGGUCGCUACAGCCUAUUCACAACGAUACAGCUGCAGAAAACCUAUCAGAUAGUUUUGGUCCUGCUGAGAUCACUGAUGGUGGGGGAAACCCCCUCGAAGCCAUUGUCACUGCCCCUCAUUUACUACCAGACAAUGUGAAUGAAGCAUUUCAGGACUCAGUGAAUACUCAGGACCUUCAUGCAUCAGACAUCGAAAUCGAAACGGGCUGGGCUUCUUGGCUCCUCUGCGAUGACUUUAAUCUUGACUCCAUCAACUCAUCCUUACUUCAAGCCACAGCAGGAGAAGCCUCACUUGACUACCACACGGAUUUCACAGAGCAGUUUAAUAUCCAACCUCUAAACAUGAAUUCACUGCCAAUGAAAAGGAAAUUCCAACAAGACGGGGAUUCCAUCAGAAGGAAAUGGCACACAUACUGUCAGCCAACUCCUUUGGGUGGAAUGGCCCCAGAUCCUACGCCAGAGAAUGGUCAGAUUGACGAGGCUUACCGUCAAGAGCUGGCUGAGCGUCUCCAGCCGCGAGUCCAGACGGGAAUUCUUCCUUCAACGACAUUCAUACAACUCUGUCUGCGCGCAUACUUCAAACACUUCCAACCUAUUUUCCCCAUCGUCCACGAACCGUCCUUCCGCCCAUGCAAGAGCAAUUCCAUUCUUCUCCUCUCGAUCUGCUCGGUCGGGAGUCUGUUUCUCGGCUCCCCUCGAGCGAUGGAGCAUGGAAUCAGUAUGUUCGAAAGGCUGCAGAAAGCGAACGUGUCAUCGUGGGAGACACUCAUUUCAAGUAGUCAGGAUGCGUGCAUAGCGGCUUUACAGGCAGCACUUAUAGGCCAGGCUUUUGGAUUUCUCGUUGGCAGACCUAAAGAUCUUGCCGGCAUUGAUUUCUUUCACGGGGGUAUCAACGCGUGGGCGCGCAAAGCAAAUGUGUAUCGCAUUAAUGAGUCCCCUUGCGAUCCCCUGAGCCUACGUGGUGAUGGCUGGGAAACCGCAUGGAAGAAAUGGGUGGCGACGGAAGAAAAGAAACGAAUCGCUCUAGGAAUUGCCAUGCAGGAUGCUGAGCUGAUGAAACUCCAUCUUCAUGAGCCUAUAUUGCGUCAUGACUGUGAACGUCUGCCAAUUACAGACUCGGAUAGACUCUUCGCUGCGCCGAACGCAAUUCACUGGAAGCGCCUAAUGAUUGCCAAUUAUGGUUGCACUAAUCGAACACAAAGGCCAAAAGAUACCCCAUGUCAUUCUGAAACAAUUCGAAUUCCUAAAGGCGUGAGUAAUUUUGGACAGUGUGCUCUCUUAGAUUCGAUAGGUGUUCUCGCCUAUGAAUCUCACCAGCCUACCGUGUUCGAGCUAAACAAGGCCAAACGGUGCCAGGAAUUACUCGUGGAAUGGUAUAACUCUUACCAGUCGACACACGCUUCGAACGUGGUCUGGGAUUCCCCCUUGACGAUUCUUUGGCAUGCCAGUUUUAUCAUGCUGUACGCAAACCUGGACCUUCUCGAGCGUGCCUGUGGUCGCGAUGGGUGUGAAGCAGAUCUUGAUGCCCUUGGGUAUGCUCGACAGUGGGCCAAGUCUGACGAGGCAAAGCGAUGUCUCUUACACGCUGCCUAUAUUCAAAACAGCUUUCAGUCGAUGCCGAUCGGAAGUUUAUCUCCCAUUCACGUACCAUUGUGUCUUUACCACUGUGGGAUGGUCUGGUUCUGCUUCGGCAAGUUUGGUGGCGAUUCUAAAUUCUCAAAAAAGAAGGCUGAGGCUCAAUUCAAAUCUCCAGAGUUUCAAUUGCUUCGUCCGAGUGUCAGCCAGAGUCUGAAUGUGGUAUUUGGCAACCUGCAGCAGUGGGACCCAACCGAUCAAACAUUCAAAUUCAUUGAAUUGCUCCAGCGCGUCCCCCAUUGGAAAUUGCCGUCGAACCUCGCUGCAACUUUGCUGGCACUAGUUGAGGAGGAUCAAAACAUGUUUUGA